AUGCAGACCAACGCAGAGAACCCUCGCAAGAGGUUCAACGGCGCUGCUGGCGGCGCCACUGCUGAUCCUAGCAGCCAAGCAGGCCCGUCGCGACCCCGCAUCGCCAACGCUGUCCCUUCCGAGAUCUUGGACGACCCGGAACUCAACCAAGCUAUCGCAUCCAUCCUCCCACCCAACUACAACUUUGAGAUCCACAAGACCAUCCAUCACAUUCGAAAGGCAUCAGCGACAUGCGUCGCGCUUCAGAUGCCCGAAGGCCUUACGCUGUGGGCCACCGGUAUUGCCGACAUUGUGGAACGCUUCACAGAUGCUAUCACGGUGAUCAUGGGCGACGUGACGUACGGCGCGUGCUGCGUCGACGACUACACUGCCAUGGCACUUGGGUGUGACAUGCUCGUCCACUACGGCCACAGUUGUCUUGUUCCUGUGGAUCAGACGGCGAUCAAAACGCUGUACGUGUUCGUCGAGAUCUCCAUCGACCCCGCCCAUUUGGCCGCCACGAUUCGAGCCAACUUCCCGAGCCAGAAAGACGAGUUCAGAGCCAAGAUCCUGGGUGGUAGUCAGAGCGCAGCUGGCAAGAGUGCCGAGGUGGAUGAGUCGGCGGGGCGAGCCAAGAUUCAGAUCGGCGACCAAGAGCAACCCAGCUCCCACGCUGCUUCUUCCGCUGCGUCGAAAGCAUCCACCCAUCUAGCGCUCGUCGGAACGGUGCAGUUCAUCAAUGCCAUCCACGGCCUACGCGAAGCACUCGAGCAGCAACAGCGUCGACUUGCCGAUGGAUCCAUUGUCUCGGGAGAGCCUCAGGCGGAUCGACUGGUGCUGACCGCAGGCACGGCGACGGACGGCACCGUCGACCACAUCCCUCAAGCAGCCAAAUGGAAAGCAUGGAGCUCUGGCGAAUAUGCGGUCACUGUGCCGCAAGUCAAGCCGCUCAGUCCUGGCGAGGUGUUGGGCUGCACGUCGCCCAAGCUGGACAAGGACAGCAUCGAUGCCAUCGUCUACAUUGGCGACGGUCGCUUCCACCUCGAGUCCAUCAUGAUUGCCAACCCGCGGAUCCCAGCGUUCCGAUACGACCCGUACACGAAACGAUUCGUGCGCGAGCUGUACGAUCAUGCCGAGAUGCGCAAGAUGCGCGGUGAAGCGGUGAGGCUGGCGCAGGACGGUGUGGGCGGAAUGGACCUCGAACCCGAGCUCUCAAUCGUCAAACUGAAGGACGAGGAGAAGGCGGUGUCGAAUGGACAAGAGCGAACGGCACCUUCUGGCUGGGGUGUGGUGCUGGGCACAUUGGGACGUCAAGGCAGCCUGCGCGUGCUCGAGUCGCUGACAGCGUCGUUGGCGGAACACUCGCCGCCCAUCCCUCAUGUUCCUAUCCUGCUGUCGGAGCUGUCACCGCAGAAGCUGGCUCUGUUCGGCGAACAUUUGGCGGCGUUCAUCCAGUCGAGCUGCCCGCGCCUAUCGAUCGAUUGGGGCUCUGCUUUCGCCAAGCCACUGCUCAGUCCGUACGAAGCAGCGGUGAGCGUCAAGAAGGUGAAAGGAUGGCAAGAGGAUGUAGAGGGGCUGGGCAUGAGCAGGACACCAGCUAGACCGCAUGGCGAUAGCACUAGCGAGGUGCCGGUGGAAGACAAGCAUCUGCCUCUCGACGGCGACUAUCCGAUGGACUUCUACAGCGACACAUCGCUAGGACCUUGGACACCGAGACACGGCAUGGCGCCAGCAAAGAAGGCAGCCGGCGCCAAGUCGAAUCUGGCUCUGCUCAAGAGUCUGAGAAGCAACCGUGCCAAAGCCGCCGCUGCACCUGCCAAUAUCGCUACGGCUUGA